GGAUGAAUUAUGGCGCGACUGAGUUCGCCUUCAAUAUGUUCGACCAGGCGAUUCCGCAUGCGUUUCGGAAUCGGUUCUCAACACAGUACCGAUGCUACUCAGUCUCUAUGUUUGCAGGCAGCGAUCGAUCAGAUGUAGAGAAAGGAGGGAAAAUAAUAAUGCCACCAUCUGCUCUGGAUCAACUAAGUCGCCUGAACAUUACAUAUCCAAUGCUUUUUAAACUUACUAACAGGAAAACUGAUCGAAUGACACACUGUGGCGUCCUGGAAUUUGUGGCAGAGGAAGGGAUCUGUUAUCUGCCUCACUGGAUGAUGCAGAACCUGCUGCUGGAGGAAGGUGGCCUAGUCCAGGUUGAGAGCGUGAACCUCAUGGUUGCCACUUACUCCAAAUUUCAGCCACAGGCUCCAGACUUCCUGGAUAUCACCAACCCCAAAGCUGUAUUGGAAAAUGCCUUGAGGAACUUCGCUUGCUUGACCACUGGUGAUGUCAUUGCUAUCAACUACAAUGAGAAGAUCUAUGAGCUUCGGGUCAUGGAAACAAAACCAGAUAAAGCUGUUUCAAUCAUUGAAUGUGAUAUGAAUGUAGAUUUUGAUGCUCCAUUAGGGUAUAAAGAGCCCGAGAGACAUUACCAGCCUGAAGACACUUCGGAUAUUGAAACUGACCACACUGCUUUUGUGCCAAUUGAUUUAGGGUUCAGGGCAUUUACUGGUGCUGGGAACCGGUUAGAUGGGAAGAAGAAAGGAGUUGAUCCCAGUCCAGCACAAAUCAACCCAGAAGAUAUUAAAAGAGGAAUCCCAAACUAUGAGUUCAAAAUAGGAAAAAUCACCUUUAUCAGGAAUUCCCGACCACAGCCCAAACGAAUAGAAGAGGAUACUGGGGCUAACAGGUUUAUUGCCUUCUCCGGAGAAGGACAGUCUUUACGCAAGAAAGGAAGGAAACCUUAGAAAACCUUGUGGGAGGAAAAUAGCCUUUUCCAUUUGGGAGAGGUAAAAAAAACAUGAGCUGCAAAGGACUAGUUCACUCAGCCCUUUAAGGAAGCCUUUACGAUUCUCAAAUGGAAUUCUUUGCAUCGUCUCUCCCAUAGACUGGAUUUCUCUGUAGUGUGGCUUUAUAUUAACAACUGAUUUCAACUGAAGUCACUGGUUUAAGAGUGAAAUUCGACACUACAGGUCAAAUGAAAACAUUACUGAAAACUAUUAGGUGUGUUUACAAACGUGACUUUUGAUCUGUAUAUAUCCCUUUAGUAAACCAGUUUUCUGACAUUCUGGGCUUGCAAUUUUUUUUAAAGAUUGAUUUGGUGUAAGAAACAAUCCUAUGAAGCCAGUGUUGCAUCAAGUAUAUGAUGUGAUUAGCCCACAGUUAGAUCAUGGGAAUGUAUGCAAUGUAAAUUUAGAGUUAUUAUUCCCUGUUGGCUGAUCCAAUUGUAACACAAUAAGCACGAGGUCAUAGCUAAUCAUACUAUAAAUUGAAAUCUAAACCCAGUCUCGGGCAGAAACCCUGAAGAAUGGGUAGUAAAACUCUCCAAACACCGGUUUCAAAAUGAUGGCUUAGGGCGGGUGCAGCGUAGUGAAGCUCCAGUACACUACACUGUGGCAUUUGAGACUGUAUUCAUCAUUUAAUUUUUUUUGGUCAUAUUAUGAGCAAGGUUUCAGAGGCUGUCUGGCAGCUUCCAAGAUGGAAUGAGACACCUGGCUAGCUGAUGAACUUAAAAUGUGCCAAUUAUUGUUUCAUUUGAUUGAAAUUUAUUCCUGAAAUGUUUUGAGUAUUGAGUCAACAUGCAGUUGAGUAUAAGAAUUUGGAAUUCAAAAUGCUGUUCAACCCAGGCAGUCUGGCCCAUUGUUCAGGCCAUGUUUCAAGAUGCAUUCUGACACACUUUUUGUCUUUCUGCCUUAAAAGCUCCUUGAAUUUAAUGUAUAUUCAAUUCACAGGUCCAUAUUUAAUGCAGGAGAUGGCAGCCAACCCACAACUGUAAAGAAUUAAAUUGUGAAGAGUUAAAUGUGAAGAAAUGAUACCUUAAAUUGUUUGUUUUUGAUUGUGACUACCUUAUGUCCUUUUUGAUUUGCCUUCUGGUUUUACACAAAAUGCCCCUCCAUAUCCAUCUAAUCAAUUUUCUACUUCAAAAACCUGGAUGAUUUGAAUCUUCUGCUGGAAUUUCCAAAGGGUUUCACUGGUAAGAGAUUAGUCUAAUCUCUGAGAGAAGAGCAUGAAUAUCACCACUAUAAACUCCCAUCAGCACCAUUUCUCUAAGGUUUCUGUUGUAGUUACAACUGGAGAACCCCAGAACAAUUCCCUGUCUAUGGCUUUAGUUUCCCUAGCCUGUCUUUAUGUCUCAAUGAUAUGAAACUUAGAAUAAUUACCAAUUCCUUUCUAAAAAUGCCUCUAUUGAUUCUUUGUCUUUUUUAUCUUGGGACACUGACCACAGCUGGAUACAAUACUCUUACAUUUUGGAUCCACCACUACAUCCAACACUGAAUUUCUCUUUGCAAUUGCCACUCUACAAUGCAGAGUUGUUACAAGACUUCAUGUACCACAGAGAGAGAAAUGAACUUUACACUGUCAAUAUAAAAUAUGCUGCCUUUGUGAUAUUAAACCAUCAAAUUGCUCCCACCACUACUACCACCAGCGGCAGACUACUAUUUUGCAGCUUUGUUCAGAUACUCUCCUAUGUAAAAGGACAAAAUCCAUCAUAUUGCUCUAUGUUUCAAUCUGUUCAAGUGAACCUAUGAAAAUUGUAUAUGUACACGCAAAACAUACAUGCAGACGUGCCCCUUUAUGCUUUGCAGGUAUCCAUAUUGGAACACACUGACAUUUUUCAAUGUUAGGUCAACAAGUAGAUACGUUUUCCUGACUCCAUAUCUAAUAAAAUUUUUGGAUUAUAUUCAUAUUUCCUAUUUGAAAUAAAUGUGUAUGACAGUCUGCAGAUUUCAAUCAGUAUUCUACCUGAAUACGAAGUAUAUGAUUUCUAUUAAUUUUUUUGCCUUUUCUUCCAAACUCCUAUUUUCUCUCAAUUGUUUAUUUUAUGUAAAGAUUUCAUUAAUUUAAAACCUAAUCAAAUUGUCACUAAAUAAUACCAGAACUGGCAUUGCUGACAUCUGAGAUACUCUGGUCAUGCCUAUUUAAAAUGACUACUGCUGAUAUAUUUUGGCUAAAUAAUUUGCCAGAAGUACCAAAUCCUUUAUUUCAAAUUUUUGCUUUCGGCACAAAUCUCUCAGGAAGUGUCUCGUUAAACACCUUCUAAAGCCAGCUGUAUUACUUUCUCAAGGAAAUCCAAUAAAUUUGUUGAGUUUAUGAAAGUUA